GUCAAAACAAGCUUUGUAAGUUGAAAACCACGUCAUUAAGGUAAAAACCACGGUUGACCAAGUCAACACCGUACACGGGUGGUUUUCACCAAAAGACUAAACCGAAAGGUGGUUUUCAUGAUGUUUUGAUUGGAGAACCAUUUAAAUACAUUCAGAAACAAAUCUUACACAAAAAGACUCGAAAACCACUUCAUUUAAGUAAAAACCGCGGCUAGCCAAGUUUAUGCCGUUUCGCAUGGUUUUUAUCAAACGACGGAAAACGAAAGAGAAUUUUAGCCUAAAGAGCCAAGGUGUAAAGAUUGGGUCGGUCUUGAUCACAAUUGUGACCGACUCAACGACACCAAGACUACGGUCUUCGUUCUUGGUCUUCUUUUGGCCCUUGUUCUCUUUCUUCUCAUCUUUGGUUAUCGCCUUGUAUAUUCAAUGACUUGUCUCGUUCACGGCGGUUUGGCAUUAUCAAAACCUGUCAUAACAACGAACACGGCUUUAGUACGAAAACAUGAUAAACCCGUAUUUCAACAGAAUGGAUCAGAGAUGGGGACAAAAAUUCUAAAUUUUUUUUCUCUUGGAUUAAGAAGAGAAGAGUACAGAACCAGGUACUGACCAUCAAAAAUAAAGAUGGGCAGACAGUAGAUGGAGGGGAGAAGGUGGCAAAGGUUAUGUUGGAAUACUAUACUGAAUUGUUGGGCACAAAUAUUGAAACUGAAAAUGUUUGUGCUGAGGCCAUGAAUACGGGAUGCAAACUUAGUAUUGAACAGUAGUUAAAUCUAAUAGAGGAGAUUAGAGGGGAACAGAUCAAGGAAGUUAUCUUUGGAAUCCCCAAUAAAAAGAGCCCAGGACCUGAUGGCUUUAGUAGUGGUUUUUUUAAACACCAAUGAACAGUAGUAGGAGAAUUAAUCACUAAGGCUGUUCUGGAUUUUUUCAAGACUGACUGAAGGCUGUACUCCCUGAGAUAGUGGGACAAAAUCAGGGGGCAUUUGUUCAGGGGAGGAAAUUAGCUCACAAUGUAUUGCUCUGCCAUGAACUUAUGAGAGGGUAUAAGAGAAAAGGUAUCUCCCCAAGAUGCAUGAUUAAGCUAGACAUCAGGAAGGCUUAUGAUUCUGUGGGGUGGGAAGCCAUUAUUCAGAUCAUGGAGUUGCUCAGUUUUCCUCAUCAAUUUGUUAACUGGGUUAAACAAUGCAUUACUACUCCUACUUAUUCUAUCCAGCUGAAUGGUGAAGAUUAUGGUUACUUUCAAAGGAAGAGAGGGAUUAGGCAAGGGGACCCUAUAUCACCCUUACUCUUCGUUCUGAUUAUGGAAUAUCUCAGUAGGUUGCUGCAACAGUUGAAGCACAACAAGCUUUUCAGAUUUCAUCCUAUGUGUGGGACACUAAAACUGAUAAAUUUGUGCUUUGCAGACGACCUAAUAGUAGUUUGUAGAGCAGAUGAGAAUUCCAUCCAGUGUGUUAUGAAGGUGCUUCAUAAGUUUCAAAGAACAAUAGGACUGAGUAUCAACAAAGCUAAAUCACAAAUUAUUUUCGGAGGGGUUGAUAAGAGUACUCAAGACAGGCUUCAGAAGAUGAUAGAUAUUCCCAUUGGAGAGUUCCCACUCAGAUACUUAAGGAGCCCAAUUACAGCUGCAAGGGUCAGUGAGAAGGAAUGUGAAAGGCUAGUUCAAAACAUCACUUCUAAGAUUAAUUCCUGGGCAGUUAAACACCUAUCUUAUGCAGGGAGAUGUAGACUAGUUGGUAGUGUCCUACAAGGUAUUAUGACCUUUUGGUGCAAAUUAUUCAUAAUACCAACCAAGGUCAUGAAGAGGGUACAAAGCAUUUGUAGAAAUUUCCUGUGGGGGGCUACCGCUAGUUAUACCAAAAGACCUCUGGUUAAUUGGGAAGAGGUUUGCUUACCCAAAACUUAUGGAGGAUUGGGUUUGAGAAAUAUGGAGCUAUGGAACAGAGCUUAUAUUUACAACUAUUGGUGGGAUGUGGCUAACGACAAGAAGAACCUAUGGGUCAAAUGGAUCCAUGAAAGAUAUAUUAAGAAUGAUAUUGAAAGCUGUGCAGUUCGAUCAGAAAGAUUGCUGUUUUUAUUGGAAGAAGAUUAUUCAUAACAGAAAAUGGUUUGAGAAUAUGGGGAUCUCCAAGGAAUAUACUACUGAACAGGGAUAUGCCUGGCUCCUGGGACUGAAGAAUAAACCUGAUUGGUACCCAAUAGUCUGGAACAAGUUAUCAAUCCCGAAGCAUCAAGUUAUACAGUGGCUGAUCUGCAGAGAUAGACUUGGUGUUAAAACUAAAAUCCAAAGGUUUAUAGAUAUAGACACUACAUGUUACUUGUGUGGCCAAGGAGAGGAAGAUGUAAAUCAUCUCUUCUGUACCUAUCAAUUUGCCAGGGGGAUCUUUGGUAGAAUAUCUGAUUGUCUGGGUUAUAAAUUUGAAGGGAUGGAGUUGGCAGAGGUUAGAAACAACCUGUUGAAUAUGAAGGGCAAGAACAGACAAAAAGCUAUCAGCUGCUAUGCAGCUAUAGCAGCUACUUGUUACCACUUAUGGAGAGCCAGAAAUAAACUUCUACAUGCCAAGAGCAGCACAGUUGAGGAGGAGCUAGUCCACUGUAUCCUAUACCAACUGAACGCCUAUUGGGGAAGAGUAAGAAGUAGGGAGGAUAGUUAGCAUGUGGUAACAAAUUACAUGUAAUAGU